UCCGGUCGCGUGCGCGAACCCGAGUCCAAGCCCGCGCCUGCGCUUCAGUAAGCGCAUGCCCGCGUAGGAUUCUAAACCGGUAUAGUGUCUGGGUCACGAGCCUUUCUUAAAAAAAAUAAAAAAAAGAGGAAAAAAAGAAAAAGCGCAGGAACGCAAGCGGGAAACCCUGUAAAAAAUACAGCGAAGUCUCCGUGUACAGGCUUGGCAUUGUCAUCGGUGUAGGUCAUAAGCAGCCGGAGCAGGAGGCCAGUGUCGUAACGCAACGGCAGCGAACGGCGAAGCGGGCUGCAGGAGCGACGACAGCUUGCACCGGGCUGCUUUAAAAGGCAAAGAUGCCGGCCGUAUCCAAGGGCGACGGGAUGCGGGGCCUUGCGGUCUUCAUCUCCGACAUCAGGAACUGUAAGAGCAAAGAAGCAGAGAUUAAGCGGAUAAACAAAGAACUGGCAAACAUUCGCUCAAAGUUCAAAGGUGACAAAGCUUUGGAUGGCUACAGCAAGAAGAAGUAUGUGUGCAAGUUGCUUUUCAUCUUCCUUUUGGGGCAUGACAUUGAUUUUGGUCACAUGGAGGCUGUCAACCUGCUCAGUUCGAACAAGUAUACAGAAAAGCAGAUUGGCUAUCUCUUUAUUUCCGUCCUUGUCAAUUCCAACAGCGAGCUGAUUCGGCUCAUCAACAAUGCCAUUAAGAACGAUUUGGCCAGUCGCAAUCCAACCUUCAUGUGCUUGGCUUUGCACUGCAUUGCUAAUGUGGGCAGUCGUGAGAUGGCUGAGGCGUUUGCUGGAGAAAUACCUCGGAUUCUAGUUGCCGGGGACACAAUGGACAGUGUCAAGCAGAGUGCAGCACUCUGCCUUUUGAGGCUCUACAAGACUUCGCCAGACCUGGUACACAUGGGCGAGUGGACAUCAAGAGUGGUUCACCUCCUCAAUGACCAACACAUGGGUGUUGUAACUGCUGCCAUCUCCUUAAUCACCUGCUUAAGCCAAAAGAAUCCAGAGGAGUUUAAAACCUGCAUUUCACUUGCUGUUUCCCGACUCAGCCGAAUAGUGUCUUCAGCCUCAACAGACUUGCAGGACUACACUUAUUACUUUGUUCCUGCACCUUGGCUCUCUGUCAAGCUUUUGAGAUUACUUCAGUGUUAUCCACCACCAGAAGACGGUGCUGUGAAGGGACGGUUGGUGGAAUGCCUGGAGACAAUUCUGAACAAAGCACAAGAGCCACCGAAGUCGAAAAAAGUGCAGCAUUCUAAUGCAAAGAAUGCUAUUUUGUUUGAAGCCAUCAGUUUGAUCAUUCACUAUGACAGUGAACCCAACCUACUUGUGAGAGCCUGCAACCAACUAGGCCAGUUUCUGCAGCACCGGGAGACUAACUUGCGUUAUCUUGCAUUAGAGAGCAUGUGUACGCUGGCCAGCUCAGAAUUUUCACAUGAAGCUGUGAAGACACACAUAGAGACAGUUAUUAAUGCCCUUAAGACAGAGCGAGAUGUGAGUGUACGACAGAGAGCUGCUGACCUCCUGUAUGCCAUGUGUGACCGAAGCAAUGCCAAACAGAUUGUGGCUGAAAUGUUGAGUUACUUGGAAACAGCGGAUUAUUCCAUCCGAGAAGAAAUUGUCUUAAAAGUAGCCAUCUUGGCAGAGAAGUAUGCAGUAGACUAUUCUUGGUAUGUAGACACUAUUCUGAACUUAAUCCGAAUUGCUGGGGACUAUGUGAGUGAAGAGGUCUGGUAUCGUGUCAUACAGAUUGUUAUCAACCGAGACGAUGUGCAAGGUUAUGCAGCCAAGACUGUCUUUGAGGCUUUGCAGGCCCCAGCUUGUCAUGAGAACAUGGUGAAAGUUGGAGGCUACAUCUUGGGAGAGUUUGGAAACCUUAUUGCUGGAGAUCCAAGAUCUAGUCCACUUGUUCAGUUCAACCUUUUGCACUCAAAGUUCCAUCUGUGCUCUGUUCCAACACGUGCUCUUCUUCUUUCGGCCUAUAUCAAGUUCAUCAACCUUUUCCCAGAAACAAAAUCAACCAUCCAGGAGGUACUGCGUUCUGACAGCCAAAUACGCAAUUCGGAUGUGGAGUUACAGCAGAGGGCAGUAGAAUAUCUUAAGCUGUCCUCAAUUGCUAGCACUGAUGUCUUGGCAACUGUUUUGGAGGAGAUGCCCCCUUUCCCAGAAAGAGAGUCUUCUAUCCUUGCCAAAUUAAAGAAGAAAAAAGGCCCAGGUGCUGUGUCAGUUUCUGAGCUUGAGGAUGGGAAGAAAGAAGCUGGCUCUGAAAUCAAUGGUGGAGGAGGAGCUGAGUCGGCAGCUGCUGCCUCCAAUGCUUCAACUCCUUCUCCAUCUGCUGAUCUUUUGGGUCUGAGAUCUGGAGCCGCAGGAAUCGGUUCUGCUACUGGUGCUGGCAGCUUACUGGUGGAUGUCUUCUCCGAGUCUGGCACUGCUGCUACUGCUUCCUCAGGGACUGACGAGAAUUUUCUAAGAGACCUGGACCUGCCCACAGAAAGCUCUGACUCCUUAUUGGUGGACUCUGCCUUGGCCUCUGAUUCUACCCCUUCAUCUGCUCUUGGUUCUGAAGACCCUGCCCCUGCUCUGCCUGAAUCAGAUGAGCUCCUUCACAAGUUUGUUUGCAAGAAUAAUGGUGUGCUUUUUGAAAAUCAUCUAUUACAAAUAGGAAUAAAGUCAGAAUACCGACAGAACCUUGGUCGGAUGUAUCUCUUCUUUGGUAACAAGACAUCAAUGCAGUUUAUUGGUUUCAGUACCACAGUCACUUGUCCAGGAGAGCUACAAUCUCAGCUCAAUAUCCAGACAAAACCAGUGGAGCCACUGGUGGAAGGUGGGGCUCAGGUUCAACAGGUCCUCAAUAUUGAAUGUUUGUCAGAUUUUACAGAAGCACCGCUGCUUAACAUCAGAUUCAGGUAUGGAGGUACCCUUCAAAAUAUCACUUUAAAGCUUCCCAUCACCAUCAACAAGUUCUUUCAGCCAACUGAAAUGGCAUCACAAGAUUUCUUCCAGCGAUGGAAACAGCUUAGCCAGCCCCAGCAAGAAGCGCAAAAGAUCUUCAAGGCCACUCAUCCAAUGGAUUCAGAAGUACUCAAAGGCAAGUUACUUGGACUCGGUACAGCCUUGCUGGAAAAUGUAGACCCGAAUCCUGAAAACUUUGUGUGUGCUGGAGUGAUCCAAACUAAAGCACUGCAGGUUGGGUGUUUGCUACGUCUAGAGCCCAAUGCUCAGGCCCAGAUGUACCGACUUACCCUGCGCAGCAGUAAGGAGAGUGUCUCCAAGAGGUUGUGUGAACUUGUGGCAGAGCAAUUUUAAGAAACAAAUGAAGGGCAAAAUGUUCUGGAGCAAAACACUUCCCCAGAGCAUGUAUUAAAAGACAUAAAAAGACAUACACAGAAAAACAAAAGACAUGAAGGGGGGUUCAUUCUAGGGUGGAGAAAUAUUGGGAGAAUCAUUCUAAUAUGUCCCAGCAUGCCUCUCUGUUUGUCUCUCUGUGCUGCAAAGUUAUUAUUUACAUGUGAAGGUGUACACAAAAGCUAUAUUGUAUAAUUAGAGUUAGUGUAUUAUUUAGCGAGUGCUAGUGUGUGUGUGUGCGCGUAAGUGUGUGUGUGUGUGUGUGAUCUUUGUGCUCUGUGUUUGCGCCCUCUGUUGUUUUAGUGAAUUCAGGGGUGCUGAGGUUCAGAGAGAAGAUUUCCCUGCUGAAACUGGGCCCCAAAACAAACCAGGGCCCCUACUCUUUGUUAAGUUUCUGCUUAGCAGAAUUUAAAAAGGCCUUUGCUGUGACCUUAAUCUUAAUUAAAAAUAAAACAAAGCAAAAUGCCGCAUUCCCAGCUCGUCAGUAAAUCAUGUGCUACAUUCCAAGAUUGUCGUGGAAGAUGCAUGUGUAUUUUCUGACUUGCUGCAGAGUCUUUUGAUGAGUCUCAAUAGCACUUGAUACAUUCCCAGUGAAUGAAGGCACACACUUCCACAUUCCCCACACCCAAUGCUUUACCUUCUUUUCUGCUUUGCUACUCACAGAUUCAAGAAAUUGUUAUGCACUUGAAGAGGGGAGCAAAUGAAAACUUUUUUCAUCUACUGAGAGCCAUAUGAGAUCAUUCCAUGCAUGAGCAUAAAGUGGAAGGAGUGCUAAUUAAUAAAUAUAGUUUACUAUUGCUCCAUCCCUUUUUGUGCUACAGUAUCACAGCACUACCAGCCUCUCUAACGUUUUUGCUAUAAUGCAGUGUAAGAACCCUCAAUAUCAAAUAAUCUUCAGGUUUUUUUUAACAUUACCUUCCCAUACACUUAUCCCAUUUCCACCAGAAUCUCAGUGUCUUUUCUUUUGAUAUACACUAAAUAUGGUUGUCUUGUUACCCAGGACCAGGAUUUGGACCAGGAUACAGCAUCAAUAGCAUUAAUUCUUUUUUUUUUUUUUUUUUUUUCAUUCCAUUGUGGGCAUCUUGUUCCUACUUCCCUGUUCUCAGAAUUGAGAACACAGCACUGCUCAUUUUCCAUGGUUUGCAACCAGAAAUGUAAUUUUCUGCGAUGGUGUUUGUUUUGUAUUCAUAUUCCUCCUUUGCAGCUUUUACUCUCAAAAAGCAGUUCAUGGGCUAUUUUCUUCUAACACCUUCCAUGUUAAUCAUAUUCAUUAUGUUGGACCUUCUGUCCUGUUUAUCUCUGUUUGUUUCCUUGAGAUGUAAACAUGAGUACCAGAGGAAAAUCUGAACACUACACAACCUACUUUUUUCCUUACUGAUGCCUCAUAAACACUGCCAUCUUCAUACUCACUAAGUCCAGAGUACAACUUUAGUAGUGUUCCUCACUUCUGUAUUCUCCAUCUGAUAGUCCCAGCAUCGCUUACUUCCACCAAAAUUGUAUAUUGUGGACAUUUACUUUGAUAAAUUAACAAGUAGUACUCUCCCCAAUUUACUUGCAGUCAGAGCACCACUACCUUUGCUUUCACAAUCACCAGUUUACAGGCCAUGCCAGUUGCCUGCUAUGCAGAAACCCAAACAGCAAGACCACAGUAAAUGCUGUAUCUGUGAUGAAUUUUGCAGAUUAUUUCUGGGUUUAGGAAAAAAGUCCCUGUCAGUUGUACUGUUAGCAGCAGAAUUUUACACCUAGCCUAUGUUUGCAUCUGCCGUUCUGUACAUUGGCUUUAAACAAAAAUCAAUCUAGGCUUGUACACACUGGUCACAAUCCCAAAACUAAGAUGGGUCAGUCAGACUGCUUUAUAAGACUAGAGCAGUUCAGUGUUUUAGUGGGUCAGCUCUGGUAACAACUGUAUUAUAAAUAUAUAUAUAUAAGAAAUAUGUUCAGAUUGGUUUAUUAUAAUAUGUGUUUUUAAUCGUUAAGAUUGUUUUUUUGUUCUUGAUUUUAGAGAUUUUUCUUUCUGCUAGAACUGAGCAUGGGGUGGUCUGUUUGUCUUCAGGCUAACUUCAGUUCUUCAUGUCCUAAUGAAACUGGCCCAAAUGACUAUUAUUACUGACUUCAAACAAUUCAGUCCUUCCCAGAAUACCCAGAGAUGAGUGAAAAGGGAUUAAAUACAGGGUGUGAUGCUAGUCAUGUUCCUUACUAAGACCCAACCAAGUUGCACUUCUGUCAAAGUUGAGAUGGCAAACCUGAUGGCAGCAGGAAGUAAUUCUAAAUCAUGUGGAAGAAAUAAACUAAAAACAAACACUUUAUUCUGCCAAUAUUUUGAGUACAUGUUAAAGUUCUUCUUAAAGCUGCAAACUUGUUGUGGGUCAUUGUUUGUUUCAUGAUAAAAAGUCUCUAAGCAGCUUGCUGUAAAAAAUGUGUCAUUUUACAGUAAUGCAUCAUGUUUACAAGAGAUAUCAUCACACUUCCUUGCAUAUGCCAGUCUUUCUUACCUGCUGUACCCAGGCCAUAAAAGCUGUGAGUUACUUAGGGUAUUCAUUCUGCCGGACUCGAGGUGUUCACUAGCAUAUUUCAAGGACCAUAAUAAGGAGGCAGCAUACACUGUAAGCAUUGGGUGUUUUUGGUGUAGGCAGUUACUGCUGUGUUGAUUUUCAUUGCAGCUGAUCCCUCAAGACUACUAAAAUAUUAGGUAGCAUCCACACAGUUUUUGAAAACACUAUAGUUAUCUUAAUGUCUGUAAUAACUCUUAAGAUUGCUGUCCACUGCAGUAAACUGUGUUUUAUAAAUAAGUCUUUAGACUUCAUUUUUAAAUUAUAUCCUAGCAUAUUUUAUUUUUCUAGUUUAUUGUUCACCAUUCUGCAGGUUUACCAGUCAUUUACUUUGGCUACACUACAAAAUGUAAAACUAUGCAUCUAUGUAGUGUAUUGGUUUGUGUUGUAUUUCAUGAUUAAUGUUUACAGUUGAAGGUGCUAUGUAAAAUUUUAAAAAAGACCUGAGUGAUACAAUUCAUGGUUUAAUUGCACCACUGGACAAGCAGAUCUCUUAUCAGGGUGUGAUGCUCUGCACUAAUCCCUAAUUUACUUGGCUGACCACCACAGGGAUGAAAGGUGUCGGAACAGGAUUUUGGAAUGCAUGAGAGUUGCUUCAUAUAAGACAUUUGGUAGAAAUGAAAACUGGCAAGCACGAGUAUCAUCUUAAGAACAGGGUUAUCAAUUGCUGCUGUACAUUGGGUACAUGCAGUUGGCCACAGAAAUCUUUUGGCAGGAUCACUUCUGUCAUUACUUCUGCCUAAUCCUGCCUUUGUCUCUGCUUUUCUUUUCCAUGCAGGCUGAGAUUUUAGUGUAUAUUACCUUGGAAGCAAAGCCAUCCUUUUUGUUCAGCGAAGUCAUCGGGUUGCUCCAACCAUUCUGUAUUUAAGAAUUUUGUGACCAUAGACAGAAAUAAAAGACACAUACUACUGUGCUGCAAUUUCUGAAAGUGCAUAUGCCUGUAAAUAACAUUCAGAAAAGGCCACAUUAAUUUCUUCCUUAUAUUUUAAUGGAACAUAUAACUGAACGGACAGAUUCAUGGCAUAACCCUGAUCUUGUACAUACGUGAAAAUAUCUCAAACAUACAGGAAACUUUCACGUACAGAUGAGAGGUUUUCACGUAGGUGUGAGAUACUUUCAAGUACAUACAGGAUGCCUAAAGUGCACUUUUGCAGUUUUUUAAAUCUAACUUUAUCUCGUAUGUAUGUGAAAGUAUCCCAUAUAUGCAAGACAUUUUCAUGUACAUAGGAGAGAAGGGUUAUCUCAUAAUUUUUUUCAUUGUGAGGUUCAGAGCUUCUGUAAAAAUCAAGAGGCUUUUCAUUGUUAAAAUUUUAACUUAUGAAGGUAAAAGAAAAUUUCUAUAAUCCAAUUCAUUCUUCCAUCCAAUUUCCUUACCUGCUUUGUCCGUUGCAGAGUUAAAGGAAGUCUGAACCUAUCCUGGCAACGUUGCUUGCAAGUUUAGAGCCAACAUUGGACAGAAUGGCCAACUAAUUCAGGGCACACCUAUGCACAAAUCUUCACUCAAAGCCAGUGACUGUGCCAGUCAACACAACAUACAAUGUACAUCUUUAUGUUAUGGCAGGUAAUUAAAGUAUCUGGAGACAACCCAUGCACAUAUUAUGAGAAUUUACAAGUCCCACACAGACAGUGGAGCCAAAAUAUGGUCCUUGCAAUUAUGUAAUCAAAUGUCCAUCACUGUUUUUAUAGUGUUUUUAAACUGUGACAUCCAGUUCUGACACAUCUUGACAACUGCUUUUGAGCUUUCAUCCAGCAGUAUGGAGGAUCUGGGGCUGGUACUGGCACAUUAAUAGGCAGUCUGACAGAAGGAAAACCAAAUCACCCAUGGUAUAAGAAGAAGAAGGCAAGCUUUUAGAAAACAAAUGGCACUUGCUAAAGUACUGGCCGCCUUACAAGGUCAGUUUGUGCUGAACCUUGAAUACAUAAUAAUUGGACAAUAUCAUGUCAAAGGAUGUAUCCAGUGUAGCGUGCAAAGAAAAUUCUGUUUUUCUUGCUAGUGAAUUCAAAGAACUAGGGCAAGAUUUAUCUAGCAAAUGAGUUUUUCUCACAGAACAUCCCAUUACUACUCACAUCACAUUUACUGUUAAAUUUAAAAUGUUUUCUUUGCUCUACCUCUUAACAUUUUGCUGGCCUGGCCAACUUUUGCAGUUGGCCUUGUAGAAUUUCUUGAAGGCAUGUUUGUAAGACUCUAAUAAAGAGUUGAGUUUGUCCCAGUUUUAGGUCCCUAGGACAGGUGUACCUAUGUAUCUGUUCCACUUCGUCAUAGGUACAGUUUUUGUAUGGGAAUCUGGAUCCACAAAUCCCAUGAGCCCAGAACCUGCAUGGACAAGCAUCAACACUUGUGGUUCAAAGAAAACCUUAAAUAUAAAUGUCCUCUCAAAACGUGUUUUGCUAAAGGGACAUUUUUGUCAGCUGACCCAGUUACCCCAGCUGCAGCAAGUGUGUUCAUUUUUAUUUUUAUUUAUUGUUUGUAAUGGGUACCAUGAUUUUUUUUGAAACUGUGACAAUUAAAGCUGGCUCUAAA